CCAAAGUAGGAGAGAUUAGGGAUUCACUAAAAAUAGACAGUUAUACAAAACUAAAAUAUUUUGUAAAUAAUGUGAUUGAUGAAAUAUAUUAAUAAAAGAAGUGAUUAAUAAGAAGAAAAAGAAGUGGGAGAGAUAAAAGAGAGAGAUAAUGAAAAGGAAAGGAGAAAACAUGUCCUGAAAAGAAGGUAAGUUUGUCUGAAGAGAAGGGGGCACACAAGUAAGUGCUUUGUCAGAUUUCGCGUGCAUUCAUCAAAACAAAAACAAAAAAGCUCUUCUUUCUUCUUCUUCUCUCUUUCUUUCAUUCAUUCAGUUUUCUUGGCUCCUUCCUCUCCUUUCUUUUCUUUAAUUUUCUCAAUUUUCAAAGAAGAAAAGUUGUACCGAUUUUUAUUAAACGAAAGGUCACUGUUUGAUUGUGUUUAAGAGAAAGAAAAAAAGUAGAAGAAUCUUUUAUCAUCAACCUGAUCUGGUUUGUGCUUAACUCGAAGAGAGGAAAAGACUUCUGUUUUGUUUUUCUUGGUUUGUAGCGCAUUUUGCGUUCUUGAGGUUUAAAGUCGAAGAACAACAACAGCUCAUACUUUUUUAUAUUUUCUGGUUUCUGUGGGGCUCAUAGAGAGAGAGAAAGAAGAGAGAUUUUAUACGAUUAUAUAGCUAUUAGAUUUUUGUGGUAGUGGUGUUGUCUCAUGAUUAAGAGAAGCUUUAAAGAAAACUCAAGUUUGCUUCUGAGGAAGACAAUCAAGAAAAAGGUUUACUAUUAAACGACAACGCUUUUGCAAUCGCCACCACAAAAAGAUUCAAGCUUUGGAUUCGUUUUACUUGUGGACGACUAAACAAAUAAGAGAUUAAAAAAAAAAAGGUUUCACAUGGUUCUGCGUUUGUGAAUGUGUGAAGCACUUAGAUAACAGAGAAAAAGAAUUUGAUUAUUUUAAAGAGUUUAUCUCUGUGUGUGUGUGUCAGUAAAUUCGAGCUUUGAGUGGGUGUUUUGUGCAUCUCUAAGUUUUUAUCUCUUUUAUAUAAAAUCUUAUAUUUCUUUUUUCAAUGUUCUCUUUGAGAUGUGAGAUUUUCACAGUGUUGUCUCCUUAAGUGUGUAACUCAAGAAGCAUUUUGGGGAGUGAUAACACACAAGCUGAGUCUUUUUUCUUCUUUCUGAGAUAUCUUCUUCUAUCAGUUUCUUCUUCAUCAUGAAGUUCAUGAAACUUGGAUCCAAACCUGAUUCAUUUCAAUCUGAAGGAGACAAUGUUAGGUAUGUAUCAAGUGAGUUAGCAACAGAUGUUAUUGUCAUCAUUGGUGAUGUCAAAUUCUAUCUUCACAAGUUUCCGUUGCUUUCGAAAAGUGCACGGUUGCAGAAGCUAAUCACAACAUCAACAUCAUCAUCAAAUGAAGAGAAUCAGAUUCAUCAUCAUCAUCAUGAAGACGAGAUUGAAAUAGCAGAGAUUCCUGGUGGUCCUGCUUCAUUUGAGAUCUGUGCUAAAUUCUGUUACGGAAUGACCGUUACUCUAAACGCUUACAACGUAGUCGCUGCUCGCUGCGCCGCUGAAUUUCUUGAAAUGUAUGAAACCGUCGAAAAGGGGAAUCUUGUUUACAAGAUUGAGGUGUUCUUGAACUCAAGCAUACUCCAAAGCUGGAAAGAUUCGAUCAUCGUGCUUCAAACCACUAGAGCUUUGUCUCCAUACUCUGAAGAGUUGAAGUUAACCGGGCGUUGUCUUGACUCAAUCGCCUCUAGAGCUUCGAUAGAUACUUCGAAAGUCGAAUGGUCUUAUACUUACAGCAAGAAGAAGAAUCUUGAUAACGGGUUGAGGAAACCUCAGGCGGUUCCUAGAGACUGGUGGGUUGAGGAUCUUUGUGAUCUUCAUAUCGAUUUGUAUAAACGAGCUCUCGCUACAAUCGAAGCGAGAGGGAAUGUUUCAGCUGAUGUUAUCGGAGAAGCAUUGCACGCGUAUGCGAUUAAAAGGAUUCCAGGGUUCAGCAAAAGUAGUUCAGUACAGGUCACUGACUUUGCUAAAUACAGAGCUUUGGCCGAUUCAAUCAUUGAGUUAAUUCCUGAUGAGAAACGUAGCGUUUCUUCGAGUUUCUUGACUAAGUUGUUACGAGCUUCGAUCUUUCUUGGUUGUGAUGAAGUAGCCGGGUUAAAGAACAGAGUUGGUGAGCGGUUAGAUGAGGCGAAUUUGGGCGAUGUUUUGCUCUAUGAUGUUGAGUUGAUGCAGAGCUUAGUUGAGGUUUUCUUGAAAUCCCGAGACCCGAGAGAGGAUGAUGUAACCGCAAAAGCAUCAGUUGCGAAACUUGUUGAUGGUUAUUUAGCUGAGAAAUCGAGAGAUUCCGAUAAUUUGCCUCUUCAGAAGUUCCUCUCACUUGCGGAAAUGGUCUCGAGCUUUCCUAGACAGUCUCACGAUGGAGUUUAUCGCGCUAUCGACAUGUUUCUUAAGGAACAUCCAGAGAUGAACAAGAGCGAGAAGAAGCGUAUCUGCAGGCUAAUGGACUGCAGAAAACUAUCAGCAGAAGCCUGCGCUCACGCGGUUCAAAACGAGCGGUUACCAAUGCGUGUGGUAGUGCAAGUGCUCUUCUUUGAACAAGUAAGAGCCAACAACAACGGUUCAUCAUCAACCGGAAACAGCACACCAGAGGUUAUACCUGCUUCAAGAUCAACAAACACUACUGAUCAAGAAGACACAGAGUGUUGGGACACAGAAGAUAUCAAAGCUUUGAGAGGUGAAUUAGCAAAUCUAAGACUCGCAAAGAAUCAACAAGAGAGCCAUAACCAAGGGAAACUGAUGAAAGGAGGAGGAUUAGGAGUUUCUAGAGUGUUCUCGAAGCUUUGGUCUGGUAAAGAGAGAAGUGGAGAUAUGAUAAGUAGCUCAGGGACUUCAAGUCCUGGUUCUGUUAAUGAUGAUUCCAAGUCUUCUUCUUCCACAAGCAAGAAGCAUUAGCAGGAGACGUAAGAAGCAAGAAAAAGAUGAAUUAGGUUUGCUAAAAUGUUCAUCCUAUUACUAACUUAUCUCUCUUUAGAUCCAAUUUCUCAGAUGUUACCAUUUUCUUUCCUUUGUGGUUUUGUUCUUCCUUAGUAGGUAAUGGUUUUUUCUUUCUGCUUUGUUGUCACUUUAAAAUGGAAGUGUUUAAAAACAAAAAAAAAUGGUUCUUCAAAUAAUAAAAGGUGAAAUUUAGAUCAA